GACAAGUAUUGUAACGGCGAGAGAAGGAGCACAGGCGAGCGUCGAAUUUGAGGCUGACGCGGAGGCAACAGCGGAUCCAGACGCGAUGUCAGCGGGGCCAGGCUACGCGCUCUGAUUGGUGGCGGAGCACACGGGCGCGUGCGCUGGCAGUAAUCACCCCGCCAGGGCGGUGAACCGCUGCCGAGCAUAAAACACGCGACGACCAUGGCCAGGCGUCUUUCCUCCGCUUUCGCAUCUUGCCUACCACCCGCAUCCUUCGCUGACACGUUGCCCAGCUGCAGUCCUUGUUGAUCAACUCACCCCGCCGGCACGACAACAUGAUUUCCCUCGUCGCGUUCGACCUCGAUGGCACUCUUGCCCUGAGCAAGCAGCCGCUCCUCGAUUCCAUGGGCGAGGCGUUGGCCGACUUGCUCCAUGUCGCAUAUGUGGCCGUCAUCUCCGGCGGUGAUUGGCCGCAAUUCGAGAAGCAGAUUGCGUCCCGGCUACCAGCACGCGCGAACCGCUCCAAAUUGUGGCUCCUGCCGACAACCGGCACUAAACUCUACACAUACAAGGAGGGCCAGUGGGGCCGCGUCUGUGCCGACCUCUUCAGCAGCUCCGACAAGGAGCGCAUCCUCGAGGCCUUUGACCUUUCGCUCGAGAAGUCCGGCUUCAAGCCCGAGAAGACUUGGGGGAACCGCAUCGAAGACCGUGGCAGUCAGAUUACCUUCUCCGCCCUGGGCCAGGAAGCGCCGAUACAAGAGAAGGGGCACUGGGACCCCGACUUUGCGAAACGCAAGGUGAUACAACAAGACCUCAUGCAGCGACUGCCGGAAAUGUCCAUCAACAUGGGAGGGGCCACCUCCAUCGACAUCACCCAAAAGGGUGUCGACAAGGCGUACGGCCUGAAGAGGCUGCGCGACCAGAGUGGCAUCCCCCUCGAGGAGAUGAUGUUCAUCGGCGACGCCAUCUUCCCCGGUGGAAAUGACUAUCCCGCUCAUCAAUUGGGCCUGAAGACGGUCAAGGUGAAGAACCCGGAUGGCACGCUGGCUGCGAUUGCUGGCAUCCAUGCUUGUCUCAGCAAGUAGGCACAGGUCGAGAAAAUGCUUGAACACAGCGACCGAGACAGACGUUUAGUCUAGGAGAAAAUUCUUGAUUCCAUGCCGCGCAUUACGGUCUGGUGAUAGAUGUGGAGCGACGCCCCGACACGCAAUUGCACUAGAUCCACUCCACCAAAACAAUAGAUAUUACACCAAGUUUAAUCAUGUUCCAUGUGAAAAACUAUGCGACUUUUCAGCGAGUUGACUGG